GCGAUAAAAAUCCAUCUGUUUUGUUUCUGAAUGCUGCUGAAGUGCAGACUCAUUCUGUAUGACAGCAGGAAACAGAAAACAUCAGCGAUGUUUUGGGCUUCUUUCGCUCCUCUGAAGCUAUGCAGGUUAUUCUGUGGCUCUGAGUUCUGUUGGUUUGUUUUUGUUUUUUGAUAAACACCGAAUUCCAGCGUUACCCGUUCCAUAUUAUUCUGCUGAUCUGCGGGGGGAGGCGCCUCCCUCCAUCCUGCGCCGCAUGUUAAUGAAGUUCACGGUGGAGCUCCAGUGACAGCCGGCUGCUGAGCACCAAUCAGAGAGCGCGUUGAUGGAAAUGUGCAGUGUGUUUGAGGCUGUGCAGGCAGGAGCUCUUUGAAGAACCAUGUCAGCUCCUCUUCUGAUGUAGGCAGGGACACCUCUCGUUUUUUUCCACCCGUUUUUUCGCCCCCCGGACACCUUGCGAACAUGCCCGGCCUGACGCGUUCCUCUGGGGGGGCUUUUUUCUCGAGCUCUGCGUUGGAUUUUAUGCUGGAUUUGCUGCAGCUUUUCUCUGCCGCGCGGCAGAACUCAUGAGACCCUCUUCAGAGCGACGGCUUUAUGGACUCGCGUAUUAGCUAAUGAUGUCUGUGGGGUUCAUGCCUGACAGUCUGAAUGGCUCCGAUCCCUCCAAAUCGGCCUUUUUAGAGUUCGGCCACGGACAUCCGGCUCACCAGCAGCAGUCCCCGGGGCUCCCGCACAUUUACUCCGUUCAUGGCCUGCACGCUGCCGGGCAUUCCCAGCACGAGGGUCCUUUCCCGGGCAGCGCGUCCUACGGCCGGCCUCUGGGCUACGCCUACCCGGGCCCCGUGAACACUCACCCCACGCCGGCCUACAUGUCCUACCAGCACAGCAGCCACAACGGAACCGGCGGCCUGCCCCACGCCAGAUUAGAGCACACAGAUCGGGACAAAUCCACGGUGAUCGAGAACAGGGAUAUUCGUCUGGUGAAUGGCAAGGGGAAGAAAAUCCGGAAACCUCGUACCAUCUACUCCAGUCUGCAGCUGCAAGCCCUGCACCAGCGCUUCCAGCAGACCCAGUACCUGGCCCUACCGGAGCGCGCGGACCUGGCGGCCAAGCUGGGGCUCACCCAGACCCAGGUGAAAAUCUGGUUUCAGAAUAAGCGAUCCAAGUAUAAAAAGAUCAUGAAGCACGGCAGCGGACCGGAAGGAGAACACUUCCACAACCCCAGCUCCGUCUCGCCCUGCUCGCCCGCUUUGCCCCAACUGUGGGAGGUCUCCAUGACGGGCAAAGGAGCCCCCGUGCACCCAAACAAUUACAUGAACAGUUUUGGCCCCUGGUAUCCAAACCACCACCCUCACCAGGACGCCAUGUCCAGGCCUCAGAUGAUGUGAGGGGAUAGUUUUUGGAGCGGCACUUCACGCCACGAUGGACUGGUUGCCUCGCGAGGCCUAUCGGAGCUGAACUCUGUUUAAAAGCGUGAUUAACAGACUUUAUUCACUGUGUUUCGUGUGAGCUUUGAUUUCAGUUUGUUUUUCAGAGUUUGCUUUGUCUCUGCAGCUCCUUGUGUGUGCAGCAUAAACAAAACUCUCCAUAAAGGUAUC